AUGACUAAUUUCUUUAGUUAGACAUAUGUUAAGCACUUUAUUUGGACCUAGAUAUAAGCUUCAAUUGCUUUUAUACUUAUAACUUACUUUGUUAUAUCUGGAACUGAUAUUGCUUGGCAAAUAUGCAAUUGGAUACCUGUACUAUUUUUUUACAUGCUCCUCUAGUUUAUUUUAAUUUGGUACCCUAAAAGAGACCUAACUUUUGUAUUUAAUGCCUGCAACUAUCUUAUUUUAAUAUCUUGCUUACCAACUUUUGUGUAUUAUUAUUUUAUUAUACUACUCCCUUCUUCUGAGUUUAAAAGCUUAGAGUUUAAAUAGGUAGAAAACUGCGUAGUUUCUGGAAUUACAAAGACAAGUUUAGAUGGUAAUGAAGCUUAUUCCCUUACUUACAUAAAUUUUGAAUAAAAUGGAGUUUCAUACCUAGGAUCGGGAUGUCUUACAAAUUAAUACUAAGCAUACUCACUAAAUCCUAUUCCUCCAUACAAAACCUUAAAAAUGAACGAGACAUUUGAAUGUGGCCCUGGAGUUGUAGAUUAUCCUAAAGGAAACCCAUUUAACAAUACUAAUGUCACUGAUAUCUAUCAUAGAUUCAGACUAUUAAGAGGAGGUGGAAGUGGUGGCCAUGGGGGUGGUAGUGGUGGCCAUGGGGGUGGUGGUGGUGUCCAUGGGGGCGGAAGUCAUUUUGGUGGCGGAUAUAGAGGUUGUAGUAGUCAUUAUUCUUCAAUAGAAGAAUACUUUAAAAAUAGACCUUCUAACAGAGUACACUCUUAUGAUCCUGUUUAUGGUAAUAGAUAUCAUCCCUAUCCUUAUUAUGGAAAAGAUAUAGAUUCAAACUGCAAAUAAUAGUUUACUUUUAGCUAAGUAAAAUUACCUACCUGGCUGUGUUCAGAUGAAAAUAGUAAUUUCAAAGAUUUGGUAACUCCAAGAACUUGCUGGGUACAUUAUUAUAAUCAAAAAAAGGGACAGGCUCAAUAAAAUGCUUAAAGCAGAUUAAAUUAGAGAUAAUUAUAGGAGUUAGCAUUUAUAACUUUUGAAUACCCGCUUUACUAUCCAAAAAAAAGUUUUAAUUUUAUAAUAGUUUUUAUUUACUUUCCAUUAAUUUUAACAAUAAACAGUAUAUUUUAAUACACUUCAAAUGUUAUUGUUUUAAAGCUUCAUAAUCAAGAUAAUUAAGCGGAAACAGAUAAUAUAAAUCAAUAGAGAGAAGUCAAUAAUAAAAAUAGUAUUGAAAUGUUAUUAAUUAAUUAAUAAUGA